AUGGGAGAUCCAUUCGACAAAAGUUGCAUCGCAUGCGGCUGGACCCUCGACAAACAAACCCGGUGCCAUUACACCAGCCACCUCAAACUUCUCUACGGCGCAUCAACACGCGGCGUCUGGUCCAUCGGGUCUGAUGUGAUCCUGAAAGACCGCCCCGACGAGGGCCCAAAAGCGAAGAUCGAAGUCAUAACACUAAAGUACUUGGCGACGCACACCGACAUACCCGUCCCAAAAGUUCUCCGUGACUGGGUUGAUGGCGACGGGCGGUACUUUGUCAUGACCGAACGCAUACAUGGCCAAACGCUCGAGGAGGCAUGGCCCUCUCUGUCAGAACCCCAGAAGGUGUCUAUCGCGGAUCAAGUCGUUCAAGUGCGCAAGCAGCUCCGAUCCAUCACGUCGACCUCCAUCCAGUGCGUCGACCAAAGCCCAUGCUACCCAGGUUUACUAUUUUUCGACCUUGAACCGCGCGGACCAUUCCACUCGGACCAGGAACUUUGGGAUGCUGUAUGCCUUAGCCUUCACCAUCUCCCUCGGCAACUCUUGGAGAACUUGAAGAAACGCCUGCCGAGAUGCGAGCCCUAUGUGCUCACUCAUUGCGAUCUCAAUUUGGGAAACAUCAUGGUGCGAGACGGGAAGGUUGUUGGUAUACUCGACUGGGAGUACGCGGCUUAUUUCCCUAUCUGGUAUGAAUACGUUUCGGCCAGUUUUGGAUUUACGGAUAUAGAUGUCGAGUGGAAGAGGUUGCUUCGAGAGCGCUUGGGUGUACAUGACGAGGCGCAUGACGAUGCCAGGGCAUUUUGGUCGGAUAUGUGUAACCUGAGAGAUUACCCGGAUUUGGAUGAGAAAGGUCAAGAGACCCUGAAGAGACUGUCUUAG